GGGCAGGAGCCAUUUCUCUGACGAAUGCAAAACUCAUCCAAUAAUGCACUCCGAGGCAGGGUCCCGCCUUUCUUUUUUUUUCCGGUCUCUUUAUGUUUUCUAACCCUUUCUAUCGUCCUUCCAUAGCAUCGCUUACACACACAUAAACAUCCAAACCUCGGCAUCAUCACAGUAAACCAAACGAGUCAAUUAAAAACAAUGGCAACAUCCAUAUCUUCAACGCCCACACCACGCCGUUCCACCACCCUGCCACAUCUCCAGCAACACCAGCCCCUCUCCCCAUUCCCGUCCCCGUCCCCGUCCUCAACAGACCUCAAAAACCUGACCCAAACGCUCGACAAGGCCCAUCGCUCACUCUCCAACGUGGCCACAAAACCCUUUCUGAACACUCAACAAGCACUCGAUCAGACCGCUAAUAACCUAAUCGCGACCGCGAGGAAUCUUUCGGAUGCGACUCAGAAUCUCGUUCGCGCACAGGUGAAUCUUGAGGCACUCAUAUGUGGGAUCAAGCACGCUCAGGAUUUCUUUCCGAAUGACAAUGACACAGACCGUUCGGCGUCGAUGGAGGUUAUAAACAAGAAUUGAAUAUGUAUGCCAUAUAUGUGAUAUGCCUGUGAAUGAGAAUUCUCUUCGAGGAGUCAACGCGCUAGAAUUAUCAACCAAUAAAACAAAAGAAGACAAGCUUUUUUUUA